GAAUUCUUAAUGUGUUUCUCGCGUUGCGCUGUGAAUUCAGUGUGUGUUUGUACUGUAACUAUGUUGCUGUACCCAAUGCAUGACAGUGUCGCGGAGUUUGCUGUCAUUUCCAUAUGCGCUUAAAGCCAAAUCAACAUUUGGUUAAAACGCCUGCGAGGGAAUCGAUAGACAAGUUGAAAGUGUACGAUAGCGGUUAGCUUUUUCUUAGGUCAUAAGCUGCAUGUUUAUAUAACACCGAUCACUAUUAUCAGGCUUCUGACAAGCGAGGUACGCAAACAAGUGUUGAGUUUAUUUUUAUAGACAGAAAACAGACCGACUAGUUAAGGCUGGUGAUUGUUCCCAUUUAACUACAAGGCCAAUUUAUACACCAGUAUAUUUUGGAGAUAAAGUUCAACGGUGUUUUUUUUUUUUUUUGCCUUUCAUUCAUACAGCCUUUGAAGGAAUACUACAUAUUGAAGUUACUUCCAGUGUGUUUCUAGAGUGGAUUCACUAUACAAACUGAAAAUAUUACAUUUAUGUAAAAGUGGAUAGUUACAACAUUUCUGGGACAAUCCGUAGACGUUACAUUGAGAGAGGAUGGAGAAGGUCGGAGUCAACACAGCCGCAAAACCACCCACCGGCAGAAAAAUGAAGGCCCGAGCUCCACCUCCACCUCAAGCUCCUCAGCCAGCCCCUCGCAGGAUCUUCCCAGAGACCCAACCCAAAGUGCCAGAGUCCUCAGAGCAGAGCGCAGGGGACCUGAAAGAGAACAUGCUGCGCCCCACUGUGGACAUCCUCAUCAUCCUGCCAAACGGCAUGGAAAAGAAGAGCACCAUGAAUGGAAGUAAAGCACUGAUGGAUCUACUAGUGGAUUUGUGCAGCCAGUACCAUUUAAGCCCAGCAUACCAUACCCUGGAACUACAGUCUGGUGAGGCUCAGCCAUUAGCCUUUAAGCCAAAUACUCUGCUGGGAAUGUUAGAUGUGCACACAGUGCUAAUAAAGGAAAAGGUUGUCGAGGAAAAACCCAGAAGACCGCCACCUAAAGUGCCAGAGAAAAGCGUGAGGCUGGUAGUGAACUAUCACAGGACACAGAAGGCCGUGGUGCGCGUAAAUCCUCUUGUGCCACUGGAAAAUUUAAUUCCACUCAUUUGUGAAAAAUGUGAAUUCGAUCCCAGACAUGUUACAUUGCUGAGAGACAAUAUUAACAACAGAGAACUGGAACUUUCCAAAUCGUUAAAUGACUUGGGAAUUCGGGAGCUCUAUUUAUUGGACCACAGUCUAGUUCUUCUAUCUAAAAACCAUUCUUCACCAGUUCUAAAUUAUAGAGAAUCAGGUCUGUCAUUGUCUCUGAGCACCAGUUCCUCUGAAAAGAAAGGCCUCCUGGGUUUCUUCAAACUCAACAGGAGGAAAAGCAAGCCUGAAGAGCAAAGAGCGAUGGACACAGAUGCUAGUGACUAUGGCGGCUACUCAACAGCUCCAAAUACCCCUGCUGUGAAUGCCCGCCCCGGGACACUGGGCCCAUCGCUGUCUGUCGGCAACAUCCCAAGAAUGUUUCCAAAAGAAGAUCUAAAGAAACGCAGAGCGCCGCCACCUCCUGCAGGGCUAUCCUCACUGCACAGCUCACAGGAGACCAUCCAGGUCACACCUAGCUCACCAAAUGCUAACCAGCAGAAGAAACGUCGUGCCCCACCUCCACCACACACUCCUGUUCUGAGUACUAAAAUGGAGGAAAAGGCUCCUGUAAUCAAUAACCAAUUCGAAGAAGCAGAACCAGAAAUCAAUAACAAAACGGAAGAACCAGAGCCUGUGAUGAAUAAUACUGCAGAAAAGGAAACAGAAAACAAUAGGCGUAGUACCAUUGUUUGGCUGAGAUCUGUGCAGGAUAGCCAUUUAGAACAAAAGAAUGACAUGGAAUCACAAGGCCUGCAAGAACUGGAGACGGUAUCCAUGGCGAGCAGCGGAAGCUUUCCAGGCAAUACCCGCACUGCCUCAGAGGGUACUGCCGAGGACUCUGGCAUCGUCAGCUCACCUGCAGACAUCAUGCACCCCACCUCUCCCGAUGGCAGUCUGAGAGUGGGACGGCAGCUGUUCAUGGAUCAGUGCUCCAGUGAAACCGAUGUGCCAUGUCACACAGAUGCCUGCUCAGCCACUUCCAAGGAUUUCUCCAGUGACAGCGAAGAAGGUAGCACUACAUGGACUUUAAGUAGCAGACACAAUAGUGACAUGCAUCCCAGAGAGAGCAGAGGUGGUAAUGAUGUUGAGCAGUAUGAUGAAGAUCUGUACAUCACAGCUCAGCUGCACCAGACUCUAACAGAUCUAGAGGCUGAUUUAGCAGAAAUAGAAGAUAUAGACUGUGCCACGGAAAUGUCAACAUUCUCUAAAGAGAAGAUUGAGAUAUCUUAUCUUGGUAAAGAGCCUGUUUCUGAAUUAGAGAUGACAAUACCAGUGACGGCAAUAGAUGAAGUGUGUGAGGAAUACAGGUGCAGCAUGACUGAUAAAGCAAAAACAAAGGAGGAAACAAAUACUGAAAAAUAUUUAGAGAGUGACCUAAAAAACAAAAAUAACAAUGCUGGCACCUCUGACAAAGAACCUACAAUUAGGUUCAAUCUUUUUGAUGCUUUGAUAUCAACAGACCAACUUAGUCCCACUACAAAUACAGACUGUGUGAAUCCUCAUAAAGUUUCAUCAGUAAAGCUCAAAGACCAAACACAGAGAAAAAGUGACAAUCACAAAGACAAGAUCAUGCUUGGCAGUUUUAAGAAAACACAGAUGAUUUCCACCCAACAGAAUACUCUAAAUAAAGAAACUUGGGAUGCAGAAAACCAAUCUAAGAAUCAAGCAAAAGCAACGAAAGUCUCUGAAGAAGACUUGGGUAGCAACAAACACCAGGAAGGACCAGCGAAGUCACAUUCAUCCGCUAAAUGGAAAAUGACACAAAGUAAGAUACCACAUGAUUUUGUUUCAAGAGUCGGCAUGAAUAACACUUUUACUGUUGUCCCACCCAAACCUGCUGUUAAACUGUAUCAAAAAGAAGGGGGUUCUUUAGUGUCAUGGGCAAUCAAAAUAGAUGCUCAAGGCAACCUCAUCAAGCCAGGUGCUACUAACAUUAUAAAAUGCAGCUCCUCGGGAGCUGGUAGUGACGAAGAAGAUUUGCUUCUUGGGAAAGCAAAGGCAUUUUGGAACUCAGCAGAACAAACAGAGUUGGUUACCACAAACAGAGUGGCCAUCACAAAACACAGUGUAGACCCUGAAGCCUCUAACCCACAGUGCUUAGAGCCUGGUAGCAAGCUGAGGCCACCAGAGGAAGCAAAAUUAGUAAAACCAAAGGAAUUAAAAGAAGAUUUUGUGAGAGAUUGUACUGAAGGAGACCAGAAAAAAUCUGUUAUCCCAGGGUUAACAUACCAACCCCCAAAAUCAUCCUUGUCAUCAAAUAUUGGGCCUAAGGCAGACCCUUCUUUUCUGAAACCAUUUAGAAGAACCUCCAGUCAGUAUGUGGCAUCUGCGAUUGCAAAAUACACCGGGGUGCCCACUCCCAGAGCUGAGCUUCUCCAUGAUUCAGGUCAAAGUAAUUGUGAAAGCAUCCAAGAAAAUGAAAUAAAAAUGUCAAAGUCUACAAACUUUAACCAGCAAUCAGCAAUCCAAGAAGAUUUUCCAGGCACCAGCCAAUAUAAACAUAGAGAAUCAAACAAAAAUAAACAUGUUCAAGCCUUUUCGGCCAUAUCUAAAGCAAAAGAACCAGGGUUAACUGUGUCAUCUGUGAAUCGAAGUAGACCACUGAGUUUUCCUAAUCAAUAUAUUACCCCGUCCCAGUCCACCAGACCUGCCUUUAAAGAAAGUGUUUCCAUAGAGGAGAUAACUAAGAUUGACAUGCCAAACCCUAUGCAGAGUGAAGCACACAACAUCACAGUGCAAGAUAACAGGAAGAUGAAAAGCUUUGAAUUUCAUCCAUCCCCUUACCCUAAAAGUGUGUCUCCCCAGUCAUUUGUGGCUCCUCUAAAUCCAGAUUCAUCUUCCUAUAGGUCUUACCAUUACCCUUCAAUUUCCCAGACUGGUUCCUGUGAACCUCAUGCUAAUACUCAAUCUGUACCACAGAAAUCAGUAAUGUGUGUUUCAGAGAUGCCUUCAACUAACGCAGCCGAACCCAGUCUUCAGGCCAAUGCUGGUAUAUUUGGUCCCGUCAAAAAGUUCAAGCCUGUUGCCUUGAAGCCAAUACAAAAGGACAAUUCUUUGCACAGUUUACUCAUGGAAUCUAUCCAAGGGAGUGAAGGAAAAGAAAAGCUUAGAAAGACAUCUGAUGCUACAAGUAAUGACACUCGGAAGAAACCUUUGUUUGUUGAGGAGGAGAAUGAACGGUCAGCACUUUUGUCAGCCAUCAGAUCUCACAGUGGUAUCUCAAGACUAAGAAAGACCUCGUCAGUCGCAUCUGAAGAAUUUUGUGCCAUUAAAAACGUACCAGUGACAGAAAAUCACAGAAACACUGACGCUGUUCUUUUUCCUCCGUCAUUCUCACCCCCUCCUCCUCCAUCUGUUGCGACAAAAGUCUAUCACUCAAACUCUUUUGCAAAUUCAAAUAGUAACCCUGAACAAACAAGGGAAGCUUUGAUGGAGGCUAUCUGCAUAGGCACUGGCGCGGCACAGCUGAAAAAGGUCCCAGCUUCUUCAAAAACUGUACUUGUUAAUGGAAGACUAGGUACAAUACACACAUCUUCAAUUUCCUAAGAAUUCAAGCAUCAUACUGAACAUUUUGAAUGGAUCCACCAUCCAAAAAAUCUGUCAUUAACCGGCAUGCCAAAUGUUGUAACUAGUUAUUUCUAUGUGUUUAUUUAGACAAUGAAUCUUAAAUAAGGGAUAAGAUGAGCCGUUAUUACACUGUGUGCCAAGAAUUGUUCAUGCAUGAAUCAUUAAUGCAUUUUCCACCACUGACGAACAUUUCCCUUUGUCACAACUAAUUCUCCCUGGAAAUAAGGAGGUUAAAUAAAUACAUCUGAAAUUUGAAAUUAGAAAUAUAUGGUGCAUCUGCUGACUUUUAUCAAGUUGCACCGUGCUGCUACCUGAUCAAAAAGAAUAAAGACGCAUAUAAUGCUGAAAAAGUACUUGAAAUUAUUUUAAGUGAUCAGGGAAAGUAGGAGACAGCACAACAGACCGAUACAUCUUAGCGGUAGUGUUAUAACUUUUAUGGACUCUAUACUCUGUUUAACUAAUAGAAACACAGCAAAGCACAAUAUCAUUUAGCUUGUUAUAGUGGCUUUUUUGCACUUCACAGUAUAGAUGAAGUUUAUCAUUGAUCAUUUUGGAAUCCAAAUUUAAUGCUGAUGUUUUGACUGCAGUACCUGCUGAACAUGUUAUGAAAAUGUGUACCCAACUAGGCAUACUAUGGUAAUGCAUUAUGUAGUUGAUUUGAACAGGCACAGGUUUAUAAUAUAAGCAUAUAAUUCAAUGAGAAUAGCUUUGCUGAUUCUGACACAAUAUAAAGGUUGUAAUUAUAUUAACCAAAUUGCAAUUGGAAGAGUAGCAGUUUAUUGAUGAAGGUUGAUGACUUAAUGAAUGGCCUUUUGGUUCAGGACAGGUCUUCAGACUUUUUUUUUAUUGUUCAGGAGAUUUUUGGAUCUUUGUGGCAGUAUUUAAAAAAAAAAAAGGUAUUGAACUACCCUAAAAUAAAAACUGUAUAUUCUGUAAAAUAAUAAUACAAAAUAAAUACACUUAAGGCACAUAUUUAAAAAGCUAUUCAGAGUUUUAAUAAAUAUUUCUUUAGGUUGGAUUUGAUUAUGUACCGUAAAUAAAACUUGAUUUUAAUUAAACUAUUCUUCACUGUGUUGCUGACUUUACCAAUAUUCUGGUAUGCUUUCAUGAAUGCCAGACUUUAUUUAAUUUACAAUGACUUUACAAGUUAAGGCUUUAUAAACAGGGAUCUCUGUUUCAGCUUCACUCUGCUUGUAGGUAUGUAAAAAUUUAACAAUAUUGUGUUAAAUUAAAGCACUUGCUAUCAGGGUAUUUAAGGGUAGAACCUGCACAAGAUAGCUGCAAAAUGUAUAAUAUCUAUCUUCAGCCAAACAUAAUGUUCAACAAAGUGUUCUGUAAUUCAAUAUGAUUGCAUACCAGUGCCACAGAUUAACGUUUAUUGGAAUUGAUGUGAAUGGUUUCCAAUGUAUAAUUAAAAAAAAAAAAAACAUAAUACUAAUAUGUGGCAAAGUGGCUUGGUGUCAACAUUACUUAAAAUAAUAAGCACAGGCUCUACACAGCCAUCUGUAUCGCUCCAUGCAAAACAAGGGUUUCAGUCCCGAAAUAAUAUGACACUUUAUAACAACACCAAACAUAGACACGGUCACUUCUCCGGACAGUGCUCAAGUGCAGGUGGGGUGAAAGACAACAGUUCACAAAACAGUGGUGCAGGGUAGUCUGGGUUUUGGUUCUGGCUAGUAGCAACAGCUCCCGGUUUGUGUUAGCCGUCUGACAGUGACAAAAGACAAACAGUUAACACACUCAAACAAACAAAACACUCAUGAUAAUUAAUUACUUCAAUUUCCUAAAUGGGUCCUUUCAGUAACCACAACAAACGAACAGAUAGCUCGGCCACUUCCCCUACAUACCCUCCAUCACACCCUCUUUUGGUGGUGCGGCCAAUCACAUAUCCUCCAUUCCGUGACCGACACAUACAGCAUGAAGGCGAUCACUUCUGGUAUUGUGGCUCCGCCCCCUUCCUAGAUGGCCACCUUCCGACUGACCCUGGAAUGAACUGCCAAACCAUAUAUAUAUUUUAGUUGACUGAAUAAUUAGUAAGGUAAGCAGGUAGUUUUGCACAAACUGUCCUACAUUGAAAUGAUAAACAAUUGAGUGCUAGAGGAGUUUUCAAGGACAUAAUAAUGGGUAAAUGGAAUACAGCCCAAUAUACAAAUCUGCACAAAGUGUUCUUGUGAUAAAGAGGGAAAGAAUCAAUGUUGUUAAUCUCCCUCCUUACCAAAAAGGGCACUUUGCAUGGUUGGAAGUAUGUUUCCCCAUAGGCAGGUAGACUCGACGGUGGGUGGGAACAGGAUGUCGGCCAUCUUCCUGGAGGCACAUAGCUGUCAGUACCCGAAACAUCUAACAUGCGAUCAGCUGCGGGCCAAGCAGCAAUUGGUUACACCGGGCUCCUAGCUGAUUGCAGGGAGGAGUUGGGUAGUACAAAGGGGACGCAGCUAAACCAGAAUGUUUACUUACGCUGAGUGUUCCACACUAAGCAGCUGGAGCCUGCGCUUGGUUUUUGUUUGUGUUAGCAGUUGGAGAGGAGGACCAAGGAGACCGGAGCAGCAUCCACUGAGCCAGUGAUCACCCGAGUCACUUUCACUGCACAGCACAGCACUGAGAAUCACCGGGCACUCACAGCCACUUGCACCACCAGCACAGUUUUGUGCACCGAGGAAGGGUGGCCGUCGGAGGGUCUUGUUUUUGAUUUGUUUACUUUUUGUUCAGGACUGAAACCUGCCGUGUUUUGCUUUCCCUGUGCCAUUGCUGGUAUAGGGGUGACCUGCUUUAUUUUUGGAACUAUUUUUACUUCCUGUUAUUGUAACCAAUUAAUGAACACGGGCUGGUUUGGGAGAGAAAGCUUGU